UAUAUGUAUGCCAUUGCUCAUGUACGUAUAUGGAUAUGAUCAUUGAAUUUUGCCAUCUGAAUCACAAAUGGACCAUGUACCAUUAUUGUUUGACGUGGUAAAUGUAACAUGUUAAAAUGAAGCCUAUGAUCUGAUAUUUAUUUAUAGUGUGAACUUUAUUAUGUUUCCCAACCAGAUACAUUUUCAGAGCAUAAUUGGCUGCCAUCACUCAGCACAACUAUAGCCUGUCAAAACCAUAUCCCUAAAGAACAUUCGUUGGAUAAAAUCAUAAGGACAAACAUUUACAUUAAUUUAUAAUGGACAUAGAGGAAACAGAUGGGUGUUAUAUAUGAGUAAAUGUCAUCAAAUGGCUCAUGUUAAUUGAAUUUAUCAUGGAACAUAAUUGUUUAGUUAGUACAUUGACCACAUCAUUAAUUCUAUAAAUCAAAAACAUGAAUUUGAUUUAAACUUAAUUGUUUAUUCAAAAUUUAAAAGUGGAUGGUAAUAUAUCUAUAUAUGUAACACAAUAAUAUUAGAAUGCACCAAUAGACCUCAUUUUUGUGUUCAUCAGAAUUUGUUUUUGUUAUCAGGAAAUAUGUUAAAUAGAAGCACUUAUCGACAUAUAGGAACAUUUGUAUUCUACAUCUUAUAUUUACAAGCACUGGUUAAUGGUGUCCCUCAAAGAAAUAAACGUGCAGAAGCUCUAGAUGAUCCCAGUGAAGCUACUUGGCCAGCUGUUGUAAAAUAUGAUUUACAAACAGAUACAUCUUUCAGUGCAGCUGAGAUUACCACCAUUGAAGGGGUAUUGUCUCAAUUGGAGGCUGAUACGUGUCUUGACUUUGAGCCUGCUGUAGUUGAAGAAACAGUUUCAAUGCCAGAUCCAAGGAUAAAAUUCCACUUAGACCAUUAUAGAGAAAUAUGUGAGGCAACUCUGGGUAAUAAAGGAGGCGUGAUGGUCAAUCAUAUUUACCUGAACCAUGCAUGUUUAAAUAAAAGAGGUAUCACUUACACUGUCCUGAAAAGUAUUGGAAUUAUACCAGAACAUGAACGGUUUGACCGUUCAAGUUAUAUUGAUGUUAACACAAAUGGCUUAGUCAAUUCACAGAAGGAUGAUUUGGAGACCAUGGUCCCCCUGGAGAGAAUGGGAAUGACAAGCAAAUCACAAUAUGAUUAUAGCUCAUAUCUUCACUUUCCACCAAGCAAAUAUGCUGUCAACAGCAGUAAUCCAACAUUAGAAUCAACUCUUGAUGGGAUGUAUACAGCUAUAGGCCAGUCAGUGAGCUUGAACUUCUGGGAUAUAAAGGCCAUAAAUCAAUACAUAUGUCCAGAGAAAUGUGAAGAUGCAGAGACAAAGCAUUCUUCAUGCUUACAUGGAGGUUACCUUGAUCCUGAGAACUCUUGUUCUACAUGUAAAUGUCCAUUUCCCUGGGGUGGACCUAUUUGUAAUGAAGCUUCAGGUGCAACUGCUGUUAACUUGACUUCAGAUGCAUUUCUAAUAAGUUUUGGGCAAGCCACUCCUGGGGAUAGAAUAGCAUAUUACUUACAAGCACCUGCGGGAAUGUGGAUUGGACUGGAAUUCAUCGGUUCAGGACUUGGUCUACCAUGUGACCCUGAAGGUUAUGAUGCAUGCCCAUAUGGUUGGGUAGAGUUGAGAACCAAUGGUAUUGACUCAUUAGGACAAAGAUUCUGUUGCGAGGAACUUCCUUCUGAGUAUUUUAAGUCCAUGGGCAAUAAUAUCUUGGUACUCUUUGAGACAAGUGCUGAGAACAAUGUGGAACUGUCUCCUAGAUUUGAGAUUCGGGCAUGGACGAUAAAACAUGAACAAGAUCCAACUAAGGUGACAAGUGAUGGGAGAUGUGGACACUACUUCCAAAAUAUGGAAUGUACAAUUCAUGGUGAAUCACCAUGUUGCAAUACUAUUGGUUACUGUGGAAACACAGAGCAACAUUGUAGUGAUAGAGACUAUAGAAAAGAAUACUUGAAUCAAAGUGUUAAUGCAUGCUGGACCUAUGAGAUUAAUGUUGAUGUGUCACAACUGGAACACCUUGUGGGACGAUACGAGAGGUUAGGGUACUCUUACAAGGGCAUGCCUGUGUGGCGCCAUCAGUACCUAACAUUGUAUAUGUUUCAAGAGGAUCAGCAUCUCUAUAUAUCUAAAGAAAUAGGAUCUCUAGAAUCACCAGAGGCGUGGACAGAUGACUUGGAAUCAUGGUUCACCACUAGUGCUGAAAUGAAAGAGCCUUCAAUGAGCAGCAAAUGUGUAGAGAGUGGAACGAAAGAAUUAUCUUGUGUUGUUGAUCCUCAAAAAAGAGAGGGCUGUCCUGGGAGUUUUUCUGGUAUAACCGAUAUCCAAUGUGAAGCUCUCAACUGCUGUUUCGAUAAUACAGUCAAGGAUGUAUAUUUCUGCUUCAAAGAUCCCUAUUUAGUGGACUAUUGUGAUAACAUUUGGCUCAGUACUGGAAUGCAGGGUGGUACUCUAACUCUAAAAGAAACUCCUGUAUUUGAGAAGAUAUCCGUGACUAAUCGUUACCCUGUAUAUUCACGAAAUGGUACUCAGGAGAAUAUAUAUGUGGACGAAGAAAGUGGAAGCUGGAAAAUAAGUCUUGAUGGAGAAAAUGUGAAUUUUACUGCUACUCUUGAUAAUGCUAUCACACCAUAUGACAACCGUGCUAAAUGGCUUGAUAUGAACAACCAAUCAGUCCCUUAUCUGGACAUCAGCUGUUUCUAUGGUAAAGAGGUGCCAUGUUUAGAGGUGAUUCUAAAUUGCGGCAAGACAGAGUUUUCUGGUAUGAUGGGUAUUUAUGCUCUUGCUCCAGAUUUAAAACAUGGACGUCCACAGUAUACUUUUACAGAAGGUGAUGCUUCACUGAAGUACAUUAUUGACUCUGAUGGGUCAGAAUACUGGAUUGCAACUGCUGACAAUUUUGGUACAUUCAGUGAAGGUAAUGUCCGUAUAGAGAGCCCAUCGUUCACACUCAACAAUGUCCAAGGCAUUUGGCAAGAAUAUAUGAACAUAGAUGGCACCUUUAGUUUUAGCGAUGAUACUGAUAUCAAUGUGAAAUGUGUCACAGAGGAAGAGAAAAAUGGCUGUAACAAAGUGUUUAUUGGUGGCGACAAUUAUUUUGGAAACAUGGCAAAACGACAGUCAUUUGGUAUUUACAAAAAGCAGAAUCAGAUUUACAAUAAGAGGUUUACAUAUCAACAUGAGUCAAGCUUGAAGUAUCUGUACUUUUACAACAACCAAUGGAUCGUUGGAAAUAAUGUUGGUGACUCAGCUCAUGACUUUCGACUUCUUGAUGCAGCAUUGAAACCUGAUGACAUCUGUCAUCCUUUAGAUAUUUACCGUACAUCCAUAGAAGAAUAUGUCCAAAUUGAGGGAUUCGAUUUUAAGUGCUAUAAAAGACCAGUGUUUGAAGAAGAUUUAUGUGAAACCUUGAUAUUAAGUGGAAUUCAUGCAUCCUCAAAUGAUGAAAAUGAUCUUGAGACUGCAAGGGAGUUGAAUGGUGUAUAUAGCCUUGAGAGUAAACGAUUGAAUAAUCGACCAGUAUACAGUCAUCCAUCACCAAAUAAUGCCAGUUUUUUCUAUCUGAUGCACUACAGCCCUGAGGCAACGAAUACCUGGUUGCUCUCACCUGAGCUAACUGAUCUAUGGGGGUAUUUACGCAACCGAAAUUUCUUAGUGAAAGUGUAUGAUGCCCUUACACCUUGGGAGGUGAACAGUGGGUUCCAGUAUGAAGCUGACGCUGAAAUUAAGUUAGAGUGUUUAGUCACUACAUCUACUACAACAACUGUACCAA